UUCUUGGAUCCUUUACUCAUCAGCUAUUCUUGAGAAGGAGACAUGAAAGCUUUGAUUUUGCUCUGUGCUGUUGGUGUUGCGUUGGCAGCCCAGGUUUGCCACAACAAUGCCCACUACGAAUCGUGCGGCACGGCAUGCCCCCUGACGUGCUCCAACUACAACGACCCUCCACGCGUUUGCGUCCUGAUGUGCGUCCCCGGAUGUGUCUGUGACGAAGGAUACGUCAAGUCCAUUGACGGAUCUUGCGUCAAACCAGAGCACUGCCCAGCCAUUGACCCUGCUCCUACCUGCCCCAGCAACUCCCACUACGAGCUGUGUGGCACCUCUUGUCCAUUGACCUGCGAGAACUACAAGGAUGCUCCUCUCGUCUGCGACUUCAUGUGCAACCAUGGAUGCUUCUGCGACAAGGGAUACGUCCUGGCCCAAGAUGGAAGCUGCGUCAAGCCAAGCCAGUGCCCCGCCAACAGUGGCCUGUUUGUACACUGCCCCGAAAACUCUGUGUACUCCGACUGCGGCACCGCAUGUCCCUUGACCUGUGACAACUACGACAACCCUCCCACAGCCUGUCCCCUGAUGUGUGUCUCUGGAUGCCACUGCGAGAAAGGAUUUGUCAAAACCGAAGACGGACACUGCGUCAGACCAGAGAACUGCCCCUCCAGAGCAGUCCGACCUGAGAAAUACACUUGCGUAGAAGAACCUGAAAAAGGAGAAUGCCGUGGGUACAUCCCAAUGUACUACUAUGACGCCAAAGACGGAACCUGCAAGAAAUUCAUCUACGGAGGCUGUGGUGGAAACGGCAACAGACACGUGACCGAGAAGGAAUGUUUGGCUCACUGCGAAGGUGUCACUCAGAGUUCUUCUGACAUCUGCAGUCUGCCCAAGGAACAAGGUUUGUGCCAAGCAUACUUCCCCAGGUACUACUACGACAGUGACCUUGGAAAAUGCGUCCGAUUUGUGUAUGGUGGUUGCGGAGGAAACGAGAACAACUUCCAAACCGAGGAAGAAUGCCAGAGAACUUGUGAGACAGCUCCUCUGAGGUCUUUUGAUGUCUCUUCCUGCCAGCUGUUCCCCGAGACCGGUCCAUGCAAGGCAAACAUCGUCCGAUAUUACUUCGACAAGAACGAGAAGACCUGCAAGCCUUUCAUCUACGGAGGAUGCGAAGGAAACGGAAACAACUUCGAGACCGUAGAAGAAUGCAACGGAAAGUGCAACGAUGUGUCAAAACGUAAUUUUGAUCUUCGUAUACGUUUGCUAAAUCACAUAAAUAGCAAAAAUUACACUCCUCGAUCCUUUACUGAUCAGCUAGCUAUCACUGAAGAAGACAUGCAAGCUUUGAUUUUUCUCUGCGCUGUUGGUGUUGCUUUGGCAGCCCAGGUUUGCCAAGACAAUGCCCACUACGAGUCGUGCGGCACGGCAUGCCCCUUGACGUGCUCCAACUACAACAAUCCACCCCAGGCCUGUGUCCUGAUGUGCGUCGCCGGAUGCGUCUGUGAUGAAGGAUACGUCAAGUCCAUCGACGGAUCUUGCGUCAAGCCUUUGAACUGCCCAGCCAUUGACCCUGCACCAUCCUGCCCCAGCAACGCCCACUACGAGGAGUGCGGCACCUCUUGCCCAUUGACCUGCGAGAACUACGCCAACCCUCCCCACAUCUGCAACCUGAUGUGCAACACUGGAUGCUUCUGUGACGAGGGAUACGUCAAGACCCACGAUGGGAAAUGCGUCAAGCCAAGCCAGUGCCCCGCCAGGGACCCCGCUUUCUGCCCCGACAACUCUGAAUACAGAGAGUGUGGCACCGCAUGCCCCUUGACCUGCGAGAACUACCACAACCCACCCAGAAUCUGCCCUGCCAUGUGCGUCUCUGGAUGCCACUGCCAGGAGGGAUUUGUUCAAACUCAAGAUGGACACUGCAUCAGGCCAGAAAACUGCCCCCAACGGUCCGUUGAACCUGAAAACCCUAGUUGCGUAGAAGAACCCGAAACAGGCCCCUGCCGUGCCUACAUCCCAAUGUACUACUACGACAUCAAGGACGGAACCUGCAAGAAAUUCAUCUACGGAGGCUGCGAAGGAAACGGCAACAGACACCCCACCUUGGCGCACUGCUUGUCCCUGUGCGAAGGUGUCACUCAGAGUACUUCUGAUAUCUGCAGUCUGCCCAAGGAACAAGGUUUGUGCCACGCAUACUUCCUCAGGUACCACUACGACAGCAAGCUUGGAAAAUGCGUCCAAUUUGUGUAUGGUGGUUGCGGAGGAAACGAGAACAACUUCGAAACCGAGGAAGAAUGCCAGAGAACCUGUGCUUAAACGAGCUUACAUGUCAAGAGAACAACGAAGAAGAAUUGUAGAUUAAUAAAUUCUUAUUAACUACUAUGAAA